AUGUAUCACACUCGGUGGAUUAGGGACUUGAAGAAAGUUCUAACUAAGAAGUCGACUUCCAUCCCACCCGUUUUCUCUAGCUCGUUUUGCUCUGCACAUAACAAUAAAUUAUGCGUUAUGAGGCCAAUAUUUUGCAUCAUUGAUCCUCACGACUUCUAUCAAGGUUUAAGCCCCAUGAAAUUUCAUGAUUCGAAGUUUUAUGGUUGA